AUGCAAAUCACCAACAUCACUGCUGUGGUCCUUGGCCUCCUCACUUCCUCCGGCCUUGCUGCUGCUGCUCCUCCUCCUUGGGUCAAGCCUGCCACGAUUCAGCUCGCCAACGAAAUGUCAGGUGCCAAUGCCAACGUCGCUGUUCCCGUUGAUGGCGUCAAGCGCCCCGUUCAGGAGCUCUGGGGCCACACCGCGGUUGCACGCGAAGGUCUUGUCUUCGCCUCAAGUGCCAUGCUUACUUCGUUCCAGCAGACAACAGUCUGCGAAUUUACUGAAGGCCCACGUUUGGAUGUGAGCAUCGAUGCUGAGAAGACUUACGCCUCUUUCGGUGGAGGCGUUAAGGACCUCUGCGCCGCCUAUGUGGUGUGCAAGUGCGAGGGCAUGUAA